AUGGUGGGGUUGGGCUCUAGUGGUGGUGUGGAUGAGGGUGACUUGGAGGUCAGUGCGACCCCAGCCGCGGCUACUGAACCAGAACAACAUCAAGGUCAAGGUGAUGGUUCAGGGCUACAUGAGUGGAAUUCUGACGAUGAAGUCGAUGGUGGAUUUGGAACAGUAGUGGUGAAGAAGCAAAGAACAACUUCCUCUGCUGCGCCAACUGCCAAGAUCACUAGUACGAAGCCUACUCCCGAGCCAGGGACCAGGAGAACCACCAAACCCGAUGGAAAGGGCGUCGGAAAGGGCGUCAACAGUGGCAAUGGCAGGAAGCCCCAGAAGCCAGAGAAGCCGAAACAAGGGCUGGAAGAAUGGGACUGCCUCGAUGUAGCAAGUGUGCGAAAGUUCGAGUCAAGCUUGUCUAUGAUUGUGUCGAAGUGGAAGGCUUGUAACGCUGCAGACACCUCGGCAGAUUUCCGUUCUUUCUGGUCAGAGCAAUCUACCGAGUUGAAGAAGGUUGGUGACGAGAUCAAGAGCAAAAUGAAGUCUUGCAAGAGGCGCAAGGGCAUGGACACACCUGAUCCCGCUUUCCACAGUGUCAAUAGUCUGGCACAAAGCCUUCGCAAUGUUGCCAAAGAGCUUUCUUCAUCCACUCCCGGUAGUGAUGCCUUGCAGCCAAUGGAUGACUUGGCUUCUCGUUCGGACAUUAUCAUUGAGUUCAGUGAUUCCUGCUGGGUCAAGAAGGCAAAGGCGGAGCUUAUGGAUGACUUGCGCUAUCAACGGCUGGAUGAGCUAGUCAGAGCUGCGAUUCUUGCAAUGCUGGAGGACAAAGCGCAGAAGUCAAAUGACACCAAUGUUGAGCUGCAGGGCGUUUCCAGUUUGCAGAAGGACUUGGAACAGUUCGAACAGGAGUUCAAGGACAGUUCUUUGACAGAAGACUUCUUCAAAAAGCUGAAGCCCCUACAAGAUGAGUGUGCUCGACUCAGGAAGUCCAAGCAAGUGUCCAAGACCAUCAUGGACACACUCUAUGAGAAAUCCUUUACCCCUCUUCUUUGUCGGGCUGUGAGAGUGCAUUGCGAUGUCGAGAUCAGCAGCUAUUUGUCCCUUUGCACUAUGCAAGUGAAAGAAGGUACAAAGGAGCUGACAAAACUCUGUGUCCUCAGCAGGUGCCAUGACAGUUUGGCCAACAUUGUCAAGUGCCUCCCCAAGCCUGCAAACAUGACUCUCUUUGCUCAGUGCUGUGCAGCAUGGAGUGAUGCUGUCUCAUCUUUGCGCACGAUGUCUUCCUAUGCAGACUUUCAGGCAGCUUUGACCAGGUUUACCACUUGCACCGACGGCAUCAAUGAAUCGAUGAGUACCAAUGCAGUUGGCACCCUCAUCCCUGAGAUCCAGAACAGCAUGAAGGAUUGGAUGAGCAUAGAAUCAACUGACGAGCUCAAACAAGUCAUGAGAAGCUGUGAUCCGAUGGUUGAACAGUUGGAACUGCUCGCUUCCUCUGCUGAUGGCUCAAUAGACUCCUUCGGCAAAAAGUUUGCCCAAAACGCUCGGUUUUGGCUUGACCUGAACAAUGUAGCUUCAGAAUGGGUUCUAUCUAAGCCAGAGACCUGGGAUGUGAAGGGGCCUAUCACUACAACCAUCAAGAGUGGGUUGAAGCAGUUGAAGAAGUGGGGCGAGCUCAUCCAAUCUCCCAUGCACAACAAGACCCAGUUGAUGGAUGUGCUCGUUGCGUGCACCCACAUGGAGAAAGAGAAGUUUGACUCCUUCCAGGCAUCCUUCAGUGCGGUGUUUGACGAGCUUGAGCCUACCUAUGUGGAGUGUGUGAAAGAAUUGAAGAAAUCUUUGACGGGCGUGGUGAAUGGGGAUGUCACCGCGCUUCGUAAAUUUCAGCUUCCAGGAAAUCCAUACUCUGAUGAGACUCAGCAAGACUACAUCAAGGUCGUUGACAAGAUGUUCAGUUCGGCAGUAGAACAGCUUGCGCAAUCCAAGGCCAAGGUGGAGAUGUUCCAGGAGCUGGCUGGUGUUGACUGCGCAGAGGUGAUGGGAGUUGACGAGAACAAUCUCCUCAAAUCCGCCCGAGAAGUUCUAGUCACAGCUUUGCUUGCCAAGACGUUUGCAUCAAAGGGCUACGCGGCCGCAAAAUCUCUUGCGACAAACACCCCAGGCUACCAGAAGAUCCUUUCAAUUGUGAAGGCGCCCAUGGAUUUGAUCGAGGCGCAUCAGCUUUCAGUUCCAGAGGUGCUCACCAAAGAAGCAAGCGCCUUCAUGGGCAGGAAGUGA